AUGGUAGCGUUGACUGAUCGUCAGUUGGACAGACUUAUCAUGCCCGCCGCCAUGCUUCUCUAUCUUUUCAGUGGCCUGGACAAGGGAAAUCUCGGUAAUGCCAAAACGAUUGGUAUGGUGGGUGAAGAAGGGCUGGGGGCAGAUCCCUCGGGUUCCAAGUAUGCUUUAUUAAACGCCUUCUAUUUCCUGGGAUACGCUCUGUUUCUUAUUCCCACCACUCUCUUUGCGAAGCGCACGAAAAUGAACAUCGUUCUCGGCUGCAGUGGUAUUGUUUGGGGUAUCUGCGCGUCUUGCACAGCAGCGGUAAAUACCUACGGUCAGGCCGAAGCUACUCGCUUUCUGGUUGGUUUCGGAGAAAGCGGUUAUGGACCCGUCAUUCCAGCGUACUUGGCUAUGUGGUACACCAAGCGAGAGCUUGCUCUGCGCAUUACGCUCUUCAUGUGCUCCGGUCCCAUCUCAGGUUUCAUCACCGGUCUCAUUGCUUACGGCGUUACUUUCACUCAUUCCCGCGUGGAACCGUGGCGUCUACUGUUCAUCAUUGAAGGUGUCCCCGCGAUCGUUGCCGGCUUAUACGCCCUCUGGAUCCUGCCUGGGGACUUGUUGAUCACCAAGCGACUCACGGAAAAGGAACGCGCCUGUGCUCUGGUUCGUAUCGGUCGUGGAGGUUCACACGAGAGUCAUAAGAUCAAUUGGAAACAUGCUCUCAACACAUUGAUCAGCUGGCAAAUCUUGUUACCCGCCGUGACAUAUCAGUCAAUCAUAGUUGUAGGGGCUGCUAUAGGCGCAUUUUUACCUACUUUAGUAGCCGAUGUGGGCUAUACCGGUGCCAUCGCUCAGGUAUACACUCUGCCUCCAUAUGGAACAGCUGCCAUUGUCAUGCUCAUCGUUGCCUGGGUCUCUGAUCGCUAUGGGAAGCGAGGCCCGGGCAUGUUGUUGGGGAUGGGCAUGAUGUCGAUGGGUUUUGCCAUGUUGGUCGGUCUGAAGCCCGACCACCACGCGGGAAGGUACGCUGCAUUGGUAUUUUGUGAAACUGGACAGUUCAUCACCAUCCCGUUGAAUUUGACUUGGGUUGCUGAGAACUCUGGAAAUGGAAGUAGGAGAGCAUUCGCCUUGCCUUUCGUCAUCGCCUGUGCGCAAGCUUUAGCAAUCGCGUCAGGUUACAUGUUUCCCGCUAAAGACAAACCAGUCUAUCAUCUUGGUUCAUCAGUCUGUCUCUCCCUCACAAGUCUCGGUUUCGCCGUCUCACUCCUCUACAUAUUUCUACUACGUCGUGCGAACGCCAAGAAGGAUGCGGAAGAAGGUCCGGUGGAUCCGACCCUUGUGCCGGAUACAGCUACGUAUGCGGAUAAAGCUCGUGGAUUCAGGUAUGUCUGGUAGAUUUUCGGGUUCUUUCAAGGACGAGGUGCCGACGCCACGACAAGGAGGUUGUGGUGUCCGCACUUGUGUGAUAUGAGAGCAGGGGAUAUCUUUAACUAAGAAAGUGGUUGGGUUUGUGUGGUCAUUUGAGAUCAAGGUCACGUAAAAUUUGGAUGUACAUAAGUAGGAAUGAUGCAACUUUUUUGGUGUAU